AUGACUGUGGUUUACACUGUACUGAGUGCCUUUCUGGCCAUACUUUCUGUGUCUGCAGCAUACCAAAUAACACCGAAUGUUAUUGAUGGCGUUCCGGGGUACCUGAACAUAACCAAGGAACCAUUCGUCAAGAUCGGAUCAAAUUAUUACUUUAUUGAAAGUAACAACCAAAAGAACUGGUAUGCUGCUUACGAAUCUUGCCGACUAAUAGACGCAGAGCUAAUCGCAUACGAAAGCCUGGAGGAGUUGAAGCUGAUAUCUCAGUACAUUAUUGACCACAGAAUAGAGCAUUCUUAUUGGGCCUCCGGUACGGACCUAGCCCAGCAGGGCAAACAUGUGUGGCUUUCGAGCGGAAAACCAGUGGCCUCGAACUUGUGGCACAAGGGUCAGCCGGAUAACCAAAAAGGAAAGGAGCACUGUGAUCAUAUUUGGGUCGACAAAGGAGUGGGUGGACUCAAUGACUAUCAAUGUAAUAAAGCUAUACACUAUAUAUGCAAGUCACCCCAGCCUAAAACAGCUUCAUUAAUAAUAUGGUAAAUGCUUGUGACUUUCAUAAAAUGUUACUAUUCAAAAAUUAUAAAUACCAAUGAGAUUAAAAUUUCUUGGAAUCCCCAAA